AUGUUGGCACUAACAAGAGGGUUUAACUUUAACCAGAAGCUAUUCUCCAGCUUUAACCUGUCUAAAACCCUAAUUCCUUCUCUCGCCAUAAUCCCUCUCAUGGCGGCCACUUCUCCUUCAGUUUCUUCUCCUGCUUACUCCACUGGAUCUCCUAACCACGUGCCCCUAAAGCGCGUGGGCACCCACAAUGGCAGCUUUCACUGCGAUGAGGCUCUUGGCUGCUUCAUGAUUCUCCUCACUAACAAAUAUUCCGAUGCUGAAAUUGUACGAACCCGUGACCCGCAGGUGUUGGAGGGUCUUGAUGCUGUGCUUGAUGUUGGAGGUGUGUAUGAUCCAAGUCGUGACCGUUAUGAUCACCAUCAAAAAGGAUUCGGGGAGGUUUUUGGACAUGGAUUCUCUACCAAGCUUAGUAGUGCUGGCCUUGUUUAUAAGCACUUUGGAAAGGAGAUUAUAGCUAAGGAGCUUCAAGUGAACGAAGGUCACCCAAAUGUGCAUCGCUUGUUCUUGGCUAUUUACAAGAGCUUUAUGGAGGCAAUUGAUGCCAUUGACAAUGGAAUCAAUCAGUAUGAUACAGACCAGCCUCCAAGAUAUGUGAAUAGCACACAUUUGUCUUCAAGAGUUGGGAAAUUGAAUUUGGAUUGGACAGAUCCUGAUCAAUCACCUAAAAAUGAGAAUGGGGCCUUUGAACGAGCAAUGGCUCUUGCUGGCAGUGAGUUUUUAGAUAGUGUUCGCUUUCAUGCAAAGUCUUGGUUACCAGCUCGGUCAAUUGUAAUGGAGUGUCUUGCAGCUAGAUUUGAUGUUGAUCGUAGCGGUGAAAUUAUGUUCUUGGAAACAUUUUGCCCUUGGAAACUUCACCUAUUUGAGCUCGAGGAGGAACUGAAGAGUGAUCCUUUGGUUAAGUAUGUUCUUUAUCAGGAUGACAGGAGCAAGCAGUGGCGAGUGCAGGCAGUUGCGAAAUCUCCUGAUAGUUUUGAGAGCAGGAAGCCUCUCCCAGCUCAGUGGCGAGGUCUGAGGGAUGAUGACCUCUCCAGGGAGUCCGGAAUCCCUGGUGGUGUUUUUGUCCACAUGAGUGGGUUCAUUGGCGGGAAUCAAAGCUUUGACGGUGCUCUGGCCAUGGCAAGAGCUGCAUUGAAACUUUGA